UACGUCCGGCGAAACGUCACCGCGCAGAGCCUAUUUUGCAUCCAGCGCGGGAGAACACAGGCAGUAGAAACAGGAAGAAUAAAGAGUGACAAUACUUAAUUGAGGAUGAAGGUGUACUUCUGCGGUAGUAUCCGCGGUGGCAGAGAUGACGUUCACUUGUAUCGGAGGAUCGUCGACAAGCUGCAGAGCUACGGAACCGUGUUGACCGAGCACGUGAGCAGCAGCGAGCUCUCCAACAGAGGAGAGGACGCCACAGCAGCAGGAGAGAAAGCCAUCCAUGACCGCGAUGUAGACUGGCUCCGACAGUGUGACGUGGUUGUUGCCGAGGUGACGCAGCCGUCUCUGGGAGUCGGCUAUGAGCUUGGCCGAGCUGUCGACAUGAAAAAGAAAAUCUUCUGUCUGUUCAGACCGUCGUCAGGACGCAGUCUCUCGGCCAUGAUUCGAGGAGCUGAUGACGGCAACCUUUUCGUGGUCAGAGAUUACAGCGAGGAUGAGCUGGAGAACAUUUUGGAAGAGUUCUUUAACAAGCUGAAGUGAUCAUGAAGAACAAUCAGAGCUCAUACUAUGUGUUCAAUGUUUUAUUUUAGACUGACUGAAUAAAGUUCAGAUGCUAAACAGUCUUGUAAGUGCAGUGCACCUGUUUUUAAUCUGACGUAAAUUAAAGAAAUACUGUUCAAUUAAA